CCGAGAGCAAGAGGUUACCAUUGCCGAUGAGACGAAUCAGUCUCCUUGGCCGUACACCCUGUGAUCCUUAGGGUGGCACGGUGACCGACUUAGCUAGGAUUUGGUGUUGUAGAUUUCAGAGAAAGAAGAAGAGAUGUUGUCAUGUCAUAGAGCUAAUUUGCUUCAACAAUUUGCAAUAGACAAGAGAUGACCGCGUAACGGUCUCCAUCUUUCAGAGCCAUAUGUAACAUCUAAUUUAGUUGUUUCGGCAAAACCUCUGAACAAAGAACACGAUUGAUUCAGAAUUUCAGCCACGUUCAUAAGCACGGCAAGUAUGCUAAAAUGUUAAUAUGCAAAAGUAACAACUCACUGGACUUUUCUGCAGUGAAGCUACUCCCUCCAUUCCACAAUGUAGUGCUUCCUCUAUCUCCGUGCUUCAACUUUUUGACCGUAAAUUUAACUACCAAGACCGAUUGCGGCGGGAGCAAAAAUUAUAUCAGUGAAUUCGUAUUCGAAAGAAGUUUUUAAUUAUGUAAUUUUUUCACCCGCCGCAGUCGGUCUCGUUCGUUAAAUUUAUGGUCAAAGUUCGACCUCGGAAAGCGCGGGCGCACUAUAUUUUGGAAUGGAGGGAGUAUAACACAACAGAUUUUUGAAUUGCGUGAAUUACCACAUGAAUAUUCGUAGCCGUUUACUCAACCAAGCGGAGUAAGUUGGUUUCUCCACAGAAAAAUAAUGAAAAUUGGUUUCUCCACAGAAAAUAAUCCAGACGUUUUUUUCUUUUCUUCCGGAAGGACAUAAGUACAUAGGUCGUACUGAAAGCUACCAAUUAACAGAACAAGGCACUACAACAAAUAUUUCAACACUGAAGACAGAUCCUAUUAUUACCAUUUACGACAGAAAUUGCAUGCCGUAUUCAUUCUGAAAUUCCCAUGAAGCAGAUUGGAGAUAGACACAGAAAGACUUGCGGCUAGCAUUUUCCAAGAGAUGGACAGAGAGGAGAUGAAGAUGGUUAUCUUGGGGCAAGAACAAACAUUCAGACAACAGGUUCAUGAGAUUCACCGAGUUUACCAUGUUCAGAAACAAGUGAUGAGGGAGAUGCAGAUAGCUGGGCUGAACCAGGCUCACGCUGAGACAAAACAUAAACUCGAGGUCUGGCGUGACGACAAGGCUACCGACCGUCAGCAACUCUACAGCUUCUCAAACAGCUGGAUCCCUGCCUCUGCUGCAGAAGAAUGCAACCUUGAGCUCACCGUAGCAACCGGGAGCAGCAGAAGCCACAAGGGCAAGCAAGUGGGCAAGUCCUCAAACUCAUACUCCGGGAUGGCGGUGUCGUCAACAUCGAGCGGAUCCGAUCUGGCUCGGUUCAAGGAGUUUGACACGAGGUUGGUGAGGUUUCAGAUUGAGAGCAAAAGGGUGCACCAGCCUGUGAUCCUUAGGAUGGCACGGUGACCGACUUAGCUAGGAUAUGGUGUUGUAGAUUUCAGAGGAAGAAGAAGAGAUGUUGUCACAUCACAGAGCUAAUUUGCUUCAACAAUUUGCAAUAGACAUGAGAUGACCA